UUAAGAAUUUGGCAGCAGAAUCUUAAUAUGUUGAUGAUGGUGCAAGCCUCUUUACUUAACAACCCCAACACCGCUGAGUGGGACAUAAUUGUCAUUCAAGAGCCCCAUAUCAACUUCCUAUGCAACACAUGCGCCAACCAUCACUGGCACAUUCUCUAUCCAUCUCAGCAUUAUACUCACCCUCUUCAGCGCACUCGAGCCAUCACACUAAUAAGUACUUCUCUAGAUACUAAUUCAUGGAAAUAG